AUGGAUCCAUAUCUUGUCUCAUUAAUAAGUGGUGGUUGUGCUGGUACUGCCACAGAUUUGGCAUUCUUCCCAAUAGACACCAUAAAAACUCGUCUUCAGGCGAAAGGUGGUUUCUUCACCAACGGGGGAUGGAAAGGGAUUUAUCGAGGUCUUGGAAGUGCCAUUGUCGCCUCAGCACCAUCAGCGUCGUUAUUUUUCAUCACUUAUGACGGGCUCAAACGUAACUUGAAUCCAAUAAUCUCUGAACAUACCAACGGUAAUGAGGGUCUUGCCAACAUUUUGACCCAUCUGAUUGCUGCGUCUGCUGGGGAAGUUGCUGCUUGUUCCGUCCGUGUACCAGCAGAAGUCAUUAAACAGCGCACCCAGGCAUCACAUUUCUCAUCAUCCUGGCACUCGCUAAAACAUAUUAUCACCAACCAAUCGGGUGAAGGGGUCUUCAAAGGUUUGUACCGUGGCUGGGGGGUUACAAUCUUCAGAGAAAUCCCAUUCACAGUGAUCCAAUUCCCGCUAUAUGAGUACAUGAAGCUUCGCUGGGCAAGAAGCGAGAAUAAGCAAAGGUUGAGCUCAUGGCAGAGCUCGAUUUGUGGGUCGAUUGCCGGUGGGUUUGCUGCGGCGGUCACCACCCCAUUGGAUGUCAUCAAGACAAGAAUUAUGUUACACGAAUCUAAAGUUAGUGUGAUGGAAAUCACCAAGAGCGUCAUCCAAGAUGAUGGGAUCAAAGGUUUCUUUAGAGGCAUUGGUCCUAGAACCAUGUGGAUUAGUGCAGGAGGAGCGAUUUUCUUGGGAGUUUACGAGCUUGUGAGCGGGAAUUUGAAUGGCCAAUCUGCAAAUAAAUUGGAGUGA